CAAAUAUGGCCGCCGCCGGCGAUCUCCCCAUCUCCGACUGCAACCAUCGGAUGUUGAAUCACUAUCCUCUAUACCUCAAUUUCAUGGCUGUACUUUUCGCAUUAGUUAUUCAGAUGCAGCAUUUGAGCCCAACAGCGAUGAACCAGCUUCGAGUUGCGGUCAUCGCAUUUACGGUAAAUUUUGCUGCGAAUUUGGGCGUACAACAAACAUCAAAUGGGUGCACCGGUUGUUCGAGGGCUCAUCGCCGCUUGUGUGUUUUUCUGACCAUAUUUUACGUCACCAUGCUAGUAACUCCGGUGAUACUGCUCUUUAUUUUAGUCGUAGAGCCGAGCCUUUGGCAUCCGAUACUGGGAUAUUUUCAUAGCAUUUGGUCAGGUAUUAACCAUCUCGUGUUUGGUGAGACCGCAACCGCAAUAGCUAUGGCCUUGCCUCCGCCGGAGAUCGAGGAUUCCGUUUAUCGGAGAAUCUCCGUUGGUGUUUGUAAUUUCUUGGCCAGGCCAACAGAUGGACCUACUCCUCCAAUUCUUCCGGUGAGUAUGCCUCCUCCGACAACAGCCAGCUGGUGGAGUUCGGUAGCAUCUUCCGGCCGUCGCUUUAUUAUGAGAAGUCGCCGGGAGGAAGUUGAGAGGACUAUGAGUGUAUAGUUAAAUUUG